AUGGCCAGAUCUCCUCGUACCAAGACCCGCCCAGAAGACACGAGAAGGGAAUCCGAAGGGUUCAAGGGCGAUGUUGAGUCAAGUGUUAAACAAGUCACCAGUGGAAGCGAGAGAGCCGGAAAUAUCGUGUAUGGAGUAAGGGGGGCCGUAGUAUGGCAGUUGGCGUAAGUGCGACUUUUGGUUAAGGAAGCCACAGAGCAAGUUACGAGCUACGAGCUACGAGCUUCAACUCGGACGCGGUUGACAGUUGA